UUUCAGUAAAGUAGCAAUGAUAGUAGUAUCUAAAAAUUUAGAAUGGCACCUGGCAUGAGACAGCGAUGGCAGCCCGAGUACUUGUCAUUGGCAGUGGCGGAAGGGAACAUGCGCUGGCCUGGAAGCUUGCACAGUCUCAUCAUGUCAAACAAGUGCUUAUUGCCCCAGGAAAUGCAGGCACUGCCUGCUCUGAAAAGAUUUCAAAUACUGACAUCUCGAUCACUGAUCAUACUGCCCUUGCUCAAUUCUGCAAAGAUGAGAAAAUUGAAUUUGUAGUUGUUGGACCAGAGGCACCUCUGGCUGCUGGAAUUGUUGGGGACCUGACCUCUGCAGGAGUGCGAUGUUUUGGCCCCACAGCAGAAGCAGCUCAGUUAGAGUCCAGCAAAAGAUUUGCCAAAGAGUUUAUGGACCGACACAGAAUCCCAACUGCACAAUGGAGAGCUUUCACCAAACCUGAAGAGGCCUGUAGCUUCAUUAUGAGUGCGGACUUCCCUGCUUUGGUUGUGAAGGCCAGUGGUCUUGCAGCUGGGAAAGGAGUGAUUGUUGCAAAGAGCAAAGAGGAAGCCUGCAAAGCUGUACAGGAGAUCAUGCAGGAUAAAGCUUUUGGAGCAGCUGGAGAAACAAUUGUUGUUGAAGAACUUCUUGAAGGAGAAGAGGUGUCUUGUCUGUGUUUCACUGAUGGGAGGACAGUGGCCCCCAUGCCUCCAGCACAGGACCAUAAACGAUUACUGGAGGGAGAUCAAGGCCCCAACACAGGGGGAAUGGGAGCCUAUUGUCCCGCACCUCAGGUUUCUAAGGAUAUGUUACUAAAAAUUAAAAAUACUGUCCUUCAGAGGACAGUAGAUGGCAUGCAGCAAGAGGGUACUCCAUACACAGGGAUUCUUUAUGCUGGCAUAAUGCUGACCAAGGAUGGCCCAAAAGUUUUGGAAUUUAAUUGCCGUUUUGGUGAUCCAGAGUGCCAAGUAAUCCUCCCACUUCUUAAAAGUGAUCUUUAUGAAGUAAUUCAGUCCACCUUAGAUGGCCUGCUGUGCACAUCUUUACCCAUUUGGCUAGAAAACCACACUGCCAUAACUGUCGUCAUGGCAAGUAAAGGUUAUCCUGGAGCUUACACCAAGGGUGUGGAAAUAACAGGGUUUUCUGAGACUACAGCUUUAGGACUAGAAGUGUUCCAUGCAGGCACUACCUACAAAAAUGGCAGAGUGGUGACCAGCGGGGGAAGAGUCCUUACAGUAACAGCCAUUCAUGAAAACCUCAUAUCUGCCCUUGAAGAAGCCAAGAAGGGACUCACUGCUAUAAAGUUUGAGGGAGCAAUUUACAGGAAAGACAUCGGCUUUCGCGCCAUAGCUUUCCUUCAGCAGCAGCCCAGGGGCUUCACUUACAAGGGAUCUGGUGUAGACAUUGCAGCUGGAAAUAUGCUGGUUAAGAAAAUAAAGCCUUUAGCAAAAGCCACCUCCAGACCAGGCUGUGACGUAGAUCUUGGAGGUUUUGCUGGUCUUUUUGAUUUGAAAGCGGCUGGUUUCAAAGAUCCUCUUCUGGCCUCUGGAACAGAUGGUGUUGGAACUAAACUCAAGAUUGCCCAGCUGUGCAAUAAACACAAUACAAUUGGUCAAGAUUUGGUUGCAAUGUGUGUAAAUGAUAUUCUGGCACAAGGAGCAGAGCCCCUCUUCUUCCUUGAUUAUUUCUCCUGUGGAAAGCUUGACCUUAAUAUGUCUGAAGCCGUCAUUGCCGGAAUUGCUACAGCUUGUGAACAGGCUGGAUGUGCUCUUCUUGGAGGUGAAACAGCAGAAAUGCCCGACAUGUAUCCUCCUGGAGAGUAUGAUCUAGCUGGUUUUGCUGUUGGUGCUAUGGAACGGGAUCAGAAACUGCCUCACCUGGAAAGGAUCACUGAAGGGGAUGUUAUUGUUGGAAUAGCUUCAUCUGGUCUCCACAGCAAUGGAUUUAGCCUUGUGAGGAAAAUUGUGGCAAACUCUUCCCUGCAGUACUCCUCUCCAGCACCUGAUGGUUGUGGUGACCAGUCCUUAGGGGACUUACUUCUAACUCCAACCAAAAUCUACAGCCGUUCUUUGUUACCCGUCAUACGUUCAGGACAUGUUAAAGCCUUUGCUCAUAUUACUGGUGGAGGACUACUGGAAAACAUUCCCAGAGUUCUCCCUCAGAAAUUUGGGGUGGAUUUAGAUGCCCAGACAUGGAGAAUCCCCAGGGUCUUCUCAUGGUUACAGCAGGAAGGACAGCUCUCUGAAGAAGAGAUGGCCAGAACAUUCAACUGUGGUAUUGGAGCUGUCCUUGUGGUAUCAAAGGAUCAGACAGGGCAGAUUCUAAAUGAUAUUCAACAGUGCCAGGAAGAAGCCUGGGUGAUUGGCAGUGUGGUUGCAUGUCCCGAAGGUUCCCCUCGUGUGAAAGUCAAGAAUCUGCUCGAAACCAUGCAAAUGAGUAAGUCAGUGUCAGUGAACGGCUCCUUGAAAAAUCACUUCUCUGCCCAACCAAAAAAGGCAAGAGUGGCUGUCUUAAUAUCUGGAACAGGAUCGAACCUCCAAGCACUCAUAGACAGUACUCAGGAUCCAAAUAGCCACGCACACAUUGUUGUUGUUAUCUCCAAUAAAGCCGCAGUGGCUGGUUUAGAUAAGGCAGAAAAAGCUGGUAUCCCAACCAGAGUAAUUAAUCAUAAAUUAUAUAAAAAUCGGAUAGAAUUUGACAAUGCAAUUGACAAAGUCCUUGAAGAGUUCUCCACAGACAUAGUCUGUCUUGCAGGGUUCAUGAGAAUUCUCUCUGGCCCCUUUGUCAAAAAAUGGGAUGGAAAAAUGCUGAACAUCCAUCCUUCCUUGCUCCCUUCUUUUAAGGGUUCAAAUGCUCAUGAGCAAGCCCUGGAAGCUGGAGUCACAAUUACUGGAUGCACUGUACACUUUGUAGCUGAAGAUGUAGAUGCUGGACAAAUUAUUUUACAAGAAGCUGUUCCUGUUAAAAGGGGUGACACUGUUGCAACUUUGUCUGAAAGAGUAAAAUUAGCAGAACAUAAAAUAUUUCCUGCAGCCCUCCAGCUGGUGGCCAGUGGAAUUGUACAGCUUGGAGAAAAUGGCAAGAUCUGUUGGGUCAAAGAGGAAUGAAGCCUCCUAAUUUAGGAAUGGAACCAGUUUUAAAAGAAUUAUGACUAUUUGCUUGGUGCCUUUUAUUCAUGUAUUUAACCUAAUAGAAGAACUGCUAACAGAAAAAGACUUCACCGUUAACCUCAUUCACCAUUUUUUAAUAGAGAAUCAUUAAAAACAAAAUUUGUGCAGGAUAUCCUAGACA